AUGCCCCACGUCCCCUCUCUGCUCCAGACCCUGAACGCCACGACCGAGACCCUCAAUCGCUCGGCCCUCGACCAAACCGAUCGCCGACAACUGUUGCAAGCAUGUGAUCGGUUACAGCGCAGCCUAGAGUCACCCGCCGACACUACGGCACGCCUCGUAUUUUCGGCCCACCAGCUGAUGGCCCUUCGUCUGGGCGUCGAUUUGAAGCUCUUUGACGCGAUAGACGCACAGGUCGGUGACGGUCCUGCUUCGGCCGGAUCUUCAAGUUGUGUUCCAGAUCGAUCAUUCGAUGUUUCGGCGAUAUGUGAAGCGUUGUCUCAUGCAGACCCGUUGUUGAUUCGGAGGAUCAUACGAUUUCUGGCCGCCAUGGACGUGGUAAUUGAGGUGGAUCGGGACCACUUCGUCUCGACUCCAUUGGCCGCGGCUUUGGUGUCUAGUUCGCCCUUUUCUGCGGCGGUGAUCCACAGUACGCAUUUCACGACCGUUCUGUCUAGGUUACCUGAAUAUUUCCACUCCAAUGGCUGGAAAGAUCCAAACGAUGGAUUUAAUGGGCCGUUUCAAUUUGCUUUGGGGACUGAGGCCCAUUAUUUUGAUUUCUUGGGCUCAACUCCUUACUAUGGACGUGCCUUUGACACAGUCAUGUCCAUGUCCUUUCGUCGUCGGGGCCGUGACUGGUUUGAAUUCUUCCCGGUCGCUGAGCGACUAUCCAACUCGAAUGAUUCCGAGACUUUACUUGUAGAUAUUGGCGGGGGUCAGGGCGAAGAUCUGAUGAAGUUUCAUUCUAGAUUUCCCACUUUUCUACCUGGUCAACUAAUUCUGCAAGAUCUCCCCAGUGUCAUUGAGGGUGCUCGGAAGAGCAAGGAUCUUCUUUCAACUGGCAUCAAGACGCAGGAGUAUGACUUUUUCGAGACACAGCCGGUGCACGGUGCAAGGGCUUACUUUAUGCGAACUGUCUUGCACGAUUGGCCGGAUAAACAGGCAGUCUCGAUUCUAAGUCGUGUUCGUGAGGCCAUGGGGUCCGACUCGGUGUUGUUGAUUAGUGAAACUUUACUUCCUGAUUCUGGGGCUCUGUUGCCUUCUGUGAUCUCGGAUAUGCAGAUGAUGGGGUCGUUUGCGUCGCUUGAGCGGACGGAAGAUCAGUGGCGGUCACUUCUUGAUGCUAGUGGGUUAAAACUGGUGCAGGUUUGGUUGCCGGAUGGAUGUGAUCGCAAGGCACAGUCGCUAGCAGAUCAGCCUGCUCUGUUGGAGGCAAGACUGAAGUAG